CCGCGGCCCCGCCCCCUGCUGGCGUCACCACAGCUGCUAGCUCGUCGGUUAGCGUGCUAACAGCGUCCAGCAGUCAGUGAUGAGACAGCAAAGCGGCGGAUGAAGAUGUUUCUCACGCGGGCCUGAGAGCAGAAAGCGGCGUGACACGGAUUUAACCGGCGACCCGGAGCGACUUGAGUCCGAAUUCACUCAAAUCAAGAGCUCGGAGGAGCGUCUGCAAUUCUGAGGUGAUGUCGAAGGUCUGUUUAUGUUCAUUUAGCCGGUAACUGACGUGUGUCGCCGACAAAAACGCGUAUUUCUGUCAGGACAUAAAGUUAAGGAUAUUCUGCUGAUGGAUUGAGUUCGCUGUCGGUUCACCAAACGGCCCGGUUACCGUGCUAACCGGCAGCUAACCGACGCUAGCCUUCAUCAUAAACACUCACAGAUCACCGGAGCAACUGUCAAACUCUUUAAAUGGGGACUAUAAACCGUUUGCUAACGACGUGACUGCACCGACUGUAGCGUGUUGAUCAGCUCCAGCGCACCGUUUACCGACGACCGCCGUGAUGGCGCAUCCGCCGUCCCCCGGGCCGCACAGCCUCGGGAUCCCGACGGUGAAGAAGAAGAGCGGCUUCCAGAUCACGAGCGUCCUUCCCGCGCAGGGGUCCUCCGCCAACACCAGCCUCGCCGACGACACCGAGAGCUACGACGACAUGGACGAGUCACACACCGAGGACCUCUCGUCGUCAGACAUCCUGGACGUGUCUGUGUCCCGGGCCACGGACACCGGCGUCCCCGAGCGGAGCUCGUCUGAGGAGACUCUGAACAGUUUACACGGUGGCGAGACGCCUAACGAGCCGGUGAUGGUCAACGGCGUCCAUCAUCAUCAUCAUCAUCAUCACAAGACUGGACGAUCCAUGGCUCCUUCAGCGACUCCUUCAACGAUCCCUGUCUCUCCGCAGGCUCCGGCCCCGAGCGGACGCUCUGUCCCAGCGGAGGCCAGCGGAUCCGCGUCUAGCUCGGUCUCUGUCACGACGGACUCCGCAGCUGGAGCUACGGUGCCGUUAACAUCCGCGAAUCCUUCGAGCACAGCGUCGCGCUUCAGGGUGGUGAAGCUGGACUCCAGCUCGGAGCCGGUUCGGAAGGGACGCUGGACUUGUACGGAGUUUCACGAAAAGGACGCGCCACCUGGAGACGUCGCGUCCGUCGCUCACAGAGCGUUGGAGAGCAUCAUUCAAUCCGAGCACGAGUCCACGAGCAGCAGCUCCUCUGGAAGCACCUUGAGCAGCAGCGGCGGAGGAGGAGGAGAUGUCCAGCAGGUUUACGGUCAGGACCUGGUUCCUCCGACGGAGAGCUCCUCCGCUCCGGUCCGAUCUGAGCCCCAGAGCAGCUACACUCCGGUGGAACACGCUCCGAUCACAGCAAACCUCCAACCUCUUCUGAUUCCCAACGCAACCUCUCCAGUGUCCAUCGGGAUUCCGGGGCCCGUGUCUCCGAGGCCCCCACAGAUGGACAUCAUCCCGGAGAAUCCUGGAGCACAGCUGUCUUCAUCCCACAGCUCCAGCUUGGCUCUGAGUGCCCUGCAGCCGCUGAGGGCCCCGCUGCACCUGUCGGGCUCCGCGUAUGUGACGGCCUCGCAGCUGGAGGAUGCACAGCGGCUCCUGCUUCAGCACCACACACUGCUGUCCCUGGCUGCAGGAGGCAGGGCUGGACCGUCUGCGUCUGCGUCUGCUCUCGGACAGGACGCCGCUGCUGCUGUGUUUUCUGUCUCAGCUGCUGCAGAUGAAGACAGUUCCUCCGGAGCCAGUCUUGUGGCCAUAGACAACAAGAUCGAGCAAGCCAUGGACCUGGUGAAGAGUCACCUGAUGUACGCGGUGCGUGAGGAGGUGGAGGUGCUGAAGGAGCAGAUCAAGGAGCUGAUGGAGAGGAACUCUCAGCUGGAGCAGGAGAACACGCUGCUGAAGAACCUGUCCAGUCCCGAGCAGCUGACACAGUUCCAGACGCAGGUCCAGACCGGAUCGCCCCCCGCAGGGACUCCGGGCCCCGGACCCACCGCCUGACUACCUCUCAUGACCACACUGUGAACAGACUCAAUCCACACGACACAGACGCUGAUUCUCAGACAAUCCGGACAGUAUUAGCCCACACGCCGCUUCUGAUUUUACCUGCUCUCCUUUAUUGGUUAAAUUUUAGUUGUGUUCCUCUAGCUGUAUUGAAUACAUGAGGAGCACUUUAUUGUCGAGAUGUGAAUAAGACCAAACGAGCGUGACCUUUGACCCCUGAACCCUGAACCCUUGACCUCUGUGGCAAAGACUGUCAGGAUGGAUUUUCUGCGAGCUCGUGAACGAGUUCUGCUCUCGUUAAGUUAUUUGCCUUACGGUCCAUGGCUCUGGUCACAUAUCAGUCUGUCAGUGAUCGUGACCUUUGACCUCACAGUAUGUGCAUGUUUCCUUCAAAACAAUGUGACGUCAUGCAGCUGCACAUCGACUUUAAUAAAAGAUGAGGAAAUGAAA